AUGGGGAGUGAAUACGGGCUGCGCAACAAACGCGAGGUCUGGCGCGUCAAAUUCACGCUGGCCAAGAUCCGCAAAGCGGCGCGGGAGCUGCUGACCUUGGAUGAGAAGGACCCCCGGCGCCUCUUCGAGGGCAACGCGCUGCUGCGGCGCCUGGUUCGCAUCGGUGUUCUGGACGAGGGGAAGAUGAAGCUGGAUUACAUCCUGGGGCUGAAGAUCGAGGACUUCCUGGAGCGCCGCCUGCAGACGCAGGUCUUCAAGCUGGGCCUGGCCAAAUCCAUCCACCACGCCAGGGUGCUCAUCCGGCAGCGCCACAUCCGGUGAGGGACCCCCAAAUGGGGAGCGGGACCCCC